ACAAUUAUUAUGAAAAUGUCAGUAUAAUAUUAAGAUUAUCUAAAAAUGAAUUGUUCCAUCUUGAGAAAUAGUGCAAUAUUUAUUUUAGCCCUUAUUUCAAAAGAAGUAUAUGGUUGUAUUUGUCCAACAUGUUAUCACGGUAUUUUAGACCUUUGUUGUAACAGAAAAGUGGAAAAUGACUUAAUAGAAAAAAAAGCAGAGCAGUCAUUCUUUCCAGCCUAUGUAGAUAUUCUUAAAUGUGUACUAUGUGUGACAGUUUCUUCCACCAAAUCUAUUUUCAAUAAUUUCGUAAAAAGGACAAAUCUUAUUUUCACGACUGGAAAGAUAUGCAAAUAUAAACCUCCUCCAUCAUUAUUCGAAACGUUGGCAAUAUGGACUGGAGCAUUGAAAGAAGACGGGAAUGAGGAUGAAAUCUGGGUUUCUCAGAAACUUUUUAUGCUGGCAUCUACUAUCAUUUUCUCAGUAAUCAAUGCUAUUUUUACACCACGGACAAAAUUGGGUUUCAAAAUUAGUGAAAAUUGUGGAAUUCGGAAAGUAUAGAAUUUGUGUCCAUCAUAAAGAGAUUAUGAUGGAUAGAGACUCUUCAUCACUAUCUCUGGCAUCUUGUAAAUCUCAAUUGGAUUAAAAUUUCCAAUUUAAA